GGCUGAUGCAAAGAGUAGCAAGUGCUCUUAACCACUGAGUCAACUCUCCAGCACCCAGGAUUUGAUGUGAACGUAGGACUUCAAAUAUGCUAGGGUUCCUGGCUCAGGAGCCAAGAUUCCAGCUGGUGGUGCCCCAGUCUGUGACAGGAACUCAGGACCAUUCACUGUGCUAUGCUGUGGCCACUGCUGCUGCUCUUGCUGUGUGCAGGCUCCCUGGCUCAGGAAUCAGAAUUCCAGAUGGUGGCGCCCAAGUCAGUGACAGUCGAGGAGGGCUUGUGUGUCCAUGUGCCCUGCAAUGUCUCCUACCCCUCCAUUGGGCCCACCUUUGGACCUGUCAUUGGUUCCUGGCUCCAGGAAGGGGCCAGUCUCCAUGAAGACUCUCCAGUGGCCACAAAUGACCCCAGACAACUAGUGCAGAAGGCAACACGGGGCCGAUUCCUACUCCUUGGCGACCCACAAAACCAUGACUGUUCCCUGCUCAUCAGAGAUGCACAGAAAAAUGACACAGGAGUGUACUUCUUCAGAGUGGUUAGAGAACCUUUUGUGAGAUACUCUUACAAAAAAAGCCAGCUGUCGCUGCAUGUGACCCCUCUAUCACGGACUCCUGACAUAAUAAUGCCAGGGAUCCUGGAAGCUGGCCAUCCUAGCAAUCUGACCUGCUCUGUGCCCUGGGCCUGUGAGCAGGGAACACCCCCUACCUUCUCCUGGAUGUCAGCUGCCCUCACCUCCUUGAGUUCCAGAACCACAAACUCCUCAGUGCUGACCCUCACACCUCAGCCCCUGGACCAUGGUACCCAACUCACCUGUCUGGUGACCUUCUCUGGAGCAGGCGUCACUGUGAAAAGGACCAUCCAGCUCAAUGUUACCUGGAAAUCAGGCCAGAUGAGAGAGGUGGUCCUGGUGGCUGUGGGGGAGGCAGCGAUCAAGCUCCUGAUUCUUGGGCUCUGUCUCGUGUUUCUCAUUGUGAUUUUCUGCAGAAGGAAGACGACAAAGCUGUCAGUGCACGUGGGCUGUGAAAAUCCUAUCACGGCUCAUCAGCAGGACCCCAAGGCACACAGCAACUCCGAGAAUCCAAGACCCUUGCAGAAGGCCUUACCUUAGGAACACAGCAGUAUCCAGAUUUCCCUGGAUUUCAUGGGGGUAAAGCCUCAGGAGUACUCAGAGAUCUAAAUCCACCAAGCUUUGCUCUCAGUGAAGCACGUGUGUCCUCUAUGGCUCAUGGAUGAUUCCUGGAUCAUUCUGAUCCCAGAGUGGGUUAUGCUGCUGUAUGUGAGUCUCACACUCUAUUGACAUGGUCCGACCUUGCAAUAAGAGACCUGGGACAGAGUCUGCGCUCCUUCGUUUACGUCCCCGGAAGUUGUUCCCUCUAUUUUUGGUUUUUGUACUCAGUAUAAUAAUGGUCCCUAUCUUCUCUUCCUGCCUUACCUCUCUUUCUCCUUCUCCCUCUCCACAUCUCUCAUAUGGAUGAAUAUAUACAUGUGUGUGCCAA